UGAUUUCUAUACUUCUAGCAUAAUUUUGGCGCAGUCAGAGGGCCCAGGUCUUUGCAUUUGUCUUUUAUUAUACGGUUUACAGGGCCAGGCGCGAACACGGAAUGCUUGGGCGACUGGUUUAGGCUUAUUUGAAUACGACUUUAGUUUCCUGCCAGGCAUAUGAAGGGGCGGGAUUCCAUGCAAAUUAUUGUCCUUUUAAUAAAAGCACCCUCCUUUCACCCUGUAUGACUUGCAACGUCUGAUGUGCUAGUGUCGAUCCGGGCGAGGUUGAGGCGGUUCGAGUGACCUUCAACUAGACGAACGAAUUGUCUUCAUUCUCCAUCUUGUCUACAACCCAGCCAACGCCAUCAUCAUGGACAAACUGCCUGACGAGUUGAUCCAGCAGAUCCUCAAUUAUGUUAUGAUUGAGGAUGUUCCUUUCUGCAUAGAGGACUGUAUCCGUGCGGUCGGAGAAGCCGCCGCAGAGCGAUAUUUGGAGUAUGAAAUCAACGACUACGUUGAACAAAUGCUUCCUCUGAUUGUCCGAAACGCAGAUCCCUCCCAAGUCGAACAUCUUUAUGACUGGAUCCUUGUGAACGGUACCUGCAGACGGUUCCGCAACACGGGAAAACGGAGCUUCUUCGCCCACAAGACGUUUGCCAUGACGCCGCAGUUUGCGCACCGGCUGCGAUACUAUGAAGUCAGGCAGUUCAGCUACGAGGGUCAGGAAAUGGCACUCCGAUGCAUCCAGUCCGUCGUCUUCAUGCAGCCUGUGCAUCUCCCCAGCGCCAUAUUAAAACUAUCUGAGCGCGUGUCGUUAUUUCCUCGUCUUAAACGGAUAAAUUUUGUCUUUGAAGGGAAUAUUGAGAAAUGACUCAGUGUCUUGGUUCGCCAUUCGCGCUUUCGACGAGAAUUACCUUCGAUGCUGGUUGAACUGUUGCUUUCCAUUGACUUCCCGGUGGAUCGAUUCGAGCUGGGGGUAAUCGACAGGGGAAUAUAUGUAUCUGUGUGUGAUGAGUAUCUCAAAAGACAGAAUGGACAGGCAAUGGAAGAAUGCACUACACAGGGUGACAAUCGAUCGUAUGGUCCACUGCAAAGACCGGAAUGAGUAUCUUUUGUAUUGCACAUAUCGAUUAUUUGUCGAUACUGUCCUCAAAACAUCAUUGCGGGCUCUGAUUGGUCGGC